AUGGCUUCCUUUUCCAUUAAACUUCUCUUCUUUUCAUUCCCUUUCUUCUUCCUCUUCCUUUCCCUCACUCACUCUGCAACCAUCACUCUCCAAAACAACUGCACUCACACAAUCUGGCCCGGCAUUUUAUCCGGCGCCGGAACCGCCCCUCUCUCCACCACCGGUUUCCCCCUCCUCCCCGGCACUACUUCUCUCCUCUCUCUCCCCACCGCCUGGUCCGGCCGCAUUUGGGCCCGCACUUUCUGCUCCACCGAUUCCUCCGGCCACUUCUCCUGCGCCACUGCCGACUGCGGCUCUGGCCUUGUCGAAUGCAACGGCGCCUGCGCCACCCCACCCGCCACUCUCGCUGAGUUCACCCUCAACGGCGGUGGUGGCUUCGAUUUCUACGACGUCAGCCUCGUCGACGGCUACAACAUUGCGAUGCAAAUCGUGGCGGAAGGUGGAAAGUCAGGAAACUGUACGGCCACUGGUUGUAUUGCGGAUUUAAACGGGGAUUGCCCAGAGGAGCUGCAGGUGGUGAUGGGCGGCGGAGAGGAUGGUCGGAACCGGAGCGUGGCGUGCAAAAGCGCGUGUGUAGCGUUCGGGAAAGCGGAAUAUUGCUGCAGUGGGGCGUUUGCAAAUCCUAACACGUGUAAACCGAGUAAUUACUCGAAAUUCUUUAAGAACAAUUGCCCGUUGGCUUACAGUUACGCCUUCGACGACGGAACCAGCACCUUCACCUGUAUGUCGGCCAAUUAUGUCGUCACUUUUUGCCCCUCGCCGUUGGCCAGUUUCAAGGCUUCUAGCAAACCACAACCGCAAGCGGCGGACGUUUCAGGCAGCCGACGUCGAGCUGCACCGCCGUGUUUAGCUAUUCUCACCGCCGUUUGGGUGGCCGUUUGGCGGCUGCGGCAUCGGAAUAAUCUCUAA